UUUAGGAAAUAAAAUCUGAAAAGUCUGUAAUGUUGCAUUAAAAUGACAUUUCACAUAUAAAACAUAGUAAUGAUUAAUAAUUGUUAAAAGUUUGAUAUUAGAGAUUGUAACACAAGAAUUGUGUUGUUAGACUGAGACACGGGGUGGUGGCGGCGCUAAUGAGCCACUUCAUUGUUUGUCAACCGAAAAAAAAUGAAGAAGAAGGACUCACGUGACCAGCAAUCUGCUCCAUAUACAUGCUGAACAUUCAAUUUCCGCUUUGCUCAGGGAAAGGGACUAACGUGUCUGGAGGACAUCUGGGGUGGGGAACUUAACAGAAACAGCCACAAUACGACGUCUGGGGGCUGUUCAGCAGAAGAUACCGUGUGUUUUUCUGACCGAGAUGAAAGAAGAACAAUCGAAGAAACGAGACGGCCAGAAAGUCCAGGUUGCUGCUACUGAAAGUGUGGACCCUGCUGCUCUGGAAGCUGAUAUUGGCCAUGCACUGGCUACAGAAAAACUAGAUGGCACCUGCUGUUAUGUCACUGUUUAUAAAGGCUUCAUAUGGAACGUAGAGGAAGACUUUAAGAUGGUGCCAGAGACGUGGAUCCCAGCUCACAGAGUCCAACAUCAUGACGGCCACCCGGUGCCUGAAGAGCACGGACACAUUCCAGUUCCCAUGUGCAGUGGACCCCAGAACGUAGAAGCAACCCCAGAAGAAAGCCAAAUUUGCCAGCACCAUGAAGAUAAACGAGAACACUCUACUGGAGAGACACAAAGUUGGGUUGGUUCCUUACAAUGUGAACCACGUGCCCAGGUGUCAUGAACGGAUGAAGCGUCCUGAGCUGUAGCAUCUGACCGCCUCAGAGCCACCGAACCUGGAACAGGAGUAUGACAUGAAGGGGAGCUGGAGGGAAGAUGAUGACAAUCCUGAUCCUCCAAAAACAAGGCAUCCAUGGCUCUGGGGUUCUUCCUUGAAGCUGCAAAGAAACCAGACUUUCCAUCCAGUGCAUGUUCAAGAGUGAGUGGAGACAAUGGGCCUGUGAUUGUGCAUGUUGGAGGGAAGCUUCAGGGAGAAGUGUCCCCAACCAAAGAACAUCUUAAACAGAGGCCACUGGAUCCUGGUCAUCUUGUUGUCCUGUCUACCAGAUUCGCCUCGUAUAUGGCAUCAUGUGACCUGCUGCGUUAAGGUGCAGCAAUGACAGACGGGUCCAGGAUGAAGGGAAGAAGGCAAAAAUCACAGUGUGAAGCAGGAGCUCUUGACAUCAGUGCGCUCGGUAUAAUGCCCAGAGGUGAGCAACAAGCCUGUAUUGCAUGGGUCGACUUUGAGCUUAGGGGCAGGUCUUGGUCUAUCAAUCAGAUUUCAAUCAAAAAGUUCCUUGUUAUAUCCUUAAUGUUUGUCAUAAAAAAAUCCUGGGACAGACAAUACAGAAACUGCAUUUUAAUUCCUGCAAUUGUCUUUAGACUCCCUGGCACACAUCUGUCUUUGAAUACAGCGCUCCAACCACCAGAAUAUGGUAGUGACACCAAAUGUUAGAAAGGUACAGAAGUAUUUAAGACAAAAACAUGGACAGCGUAUGUUGAUAUGGCUAGAUUACAGGAAAAAUGACUGGUGUGGGUUUAAUUUGCAUAUUCAAUAAAAGUCUUCAGUAAGGAUCAGUUCAUAGGAACCCCCACCAAAAUAAAUCUAUUUUAAAAACAUCUACAAGAACAUAAUGUUAAAACAGUUUAUACUUCUAUAUCUUUAUCUUGAGACAUCCAUAAACAGUGGCACUGAAGAAGCAUCAGAUAAUUUUGGCUCUGGCAUUAAGUGCUGCGUCUUCACUGCCACCGCCCCUGUAUUCCUCUUUAUGUCUUUAAUUAAUAGGUACUCCGCAAGUAGCGGCUCUUAACUGAAAUACCAGGGAAACAGUAGUGCAACCAACUUUUAGCAGGAUUUCAAAAGAUACAAUUCAUAAUAUAAACCAGACGUAGUAGUUAGGACAUUUGAGAAAAAUUGUCAAAAAUAUGUUUUAGAAAUCUUAGGAUUAUUUCUUUUCUGGGUGUUAUUGAUGAUGUGCUGCUGUCACUGCUGAAAGUGUCAUUGAAAGGAUAAGGUCUAAAUAUUUUCAACAACAGGGAGUAAAACCAGAAAUGAAUUGUCUACUCACAAUUAAUGUCCGUCAGGCUCCAGCAUGGAUUAUCUUGUUCACCUGUGCCAUAGACGUCCGUUGGUCAAAAAUGAUUAAAAAAAAAA